GAUCUGGAGGAUUACAGCCUUCCCCAUCUGGCAGCACUGCGCGUGCGUCGUCGAAGGGGGCGGGUGCUUUGCGUGAUUGUGGUGGGCGGUGCUGCACGUGGACAACGAUUUUGAGUGAUUUGCGAAAUCUCUCACGUCAAGACUUGCUGACAGAACAGGGCAAAGAGAAAAUACACACAAUGGCCAGUCAAGGAAAGCCAAUGGCAUGGGUGACGCUGGCCACCACAGACGCAUACGCACUGGGCGCGCUGGUGCUGGCCCACUCCCUGCGCCAGGCAGGCACCGCUCACCGGCUGGUGGUCAUGAUCACACCUGGUGUUACAGACACCAUGAGGACUCAGCUUUCGGGUGCCUUCGAUGACGUCAUCAGUGUUGAUGUGAUGGACUCGGGUGACGCGGCACACCUGGCCCUGAUGUCACGGCCCGAGCUGGGUGUCACGCUGACAAAGCUGCACUGCUGGACUCUCACUCAGUUCUCCAAGUGUGUCUUCCUCGACGCCGACUGCUUGGUGAUGACCAACUGUGACGAGCUAUUCGAGCGAGAGGAGCUGUCCGCGGCGCCCGACAUCGGCUGGCCCGACUGCUUCAACUCUGGCGUGUUCGUCUUCACACCCAGCCAGGAGACGUUCAGGGCGCUCGUCCAGCUGGCCGCCGAGACGGGCAGCUUCGACGGCGGAGACCAGGGCCUGUUGAACACCCACUUUAGCGACUGGGCGACGCGCGACAUUAGUCGACACCUGCCGUUUGUGUACAACAUGACCGCCAGCGCCACCUACACGUACCUGCCCGCCUUCCUAAGGUUCGGCAAGGACGUGAAGAUCGUCCACUUCCUGGGCUCCAACAAGCCGUGGAUGAACCCCCAGGCGGGCGACGCCAGCUCACCGGCCGGCCGGUUCCACGCCGCCUGGUGGGACAUCUACCAGAGCCGCGUGCGGCGAGCCGACGGCGGACACCACUUCUUGGAGCUGUCGGCCGGACCGGCGUGUGAGGUACUGUCGGCGGCCGCGCCGCCGCCGACCCUGGCGCCCCACCUGGCCACCGGCGCCGACUGCCCGGCCAAUGUGUUCAGGGAGAGGGCCGUCGAGCCGCUGUGGGCGGGAGACCAGAGACAGAGCGGGCCGCGGCGGCCCACGCCGCUCUUCGACUACACGCACACACCCACUGCCAGCAGCCACACCGCUCCGCCGCCGCCGCCGCCGCCGGCUCCUGUCCACCACGUGUGGACGCCGCCGCCACCGCCACCGCCUCAGCCGGCUCCCGCUCCUGUGUGGAACCCUCCUCCGCCGCCACCGGCUCCUGCUUGGAGCCCUCCGACUCCUGCCUGGACUCCGCCGACCCCUGCUUGGACUCCGCCGCCGCCGCCGGCUCCUGCACCGGCUCCUGUUUGGAAUCCUCCACCGCCGGCUCCUGCUCCGGCUCCUGUCUGGAAUCCUCCGCCUCCGCAACCGGCUCCGGCCCCUGCCUGGAACCCUCCCGCUCCUGCAGCUCCCGCCCCAGCUCCUGCUUGGACUCCUAAACCGGCUCCUGCUGCCCCCGCUCCUGCUCCCGCUCCCGCUCCCGCUCAGCCUCAGCCCAAGCCGUGGACGCCACCGGGGCCGCCGCCACCUCACCGUCCUUGGAGCGCCGAACCGCCGCGUCCAAGGUCCAGUCACGGGGCGCACAGAUCCAGGCAGACCGGGGCACCGGCCGCACCCAAACCCUCAGCCAGUGCGGAGGGAAUUCCGAUACAGGGUAAACGGGCACAAAGUUCCGCUACGAAAGGUACGAUAGGAUCGACUGGGAUGAAAGCACAGACCGCCAAGCAGCCAGCGGGGCAAGACGGGCACCAAGCGCCAGGGGCCAAAGUUUCAGGGACUAAGACAGGGUCUAGAAUGGUUGCGGGUAGUAGGAGGAUAAGGACUAAGUCGCCGGGGACUACGGUGACGAAGAUUUCAGGCGCUAACGCAACGAGAGUUUCAGGGAGUAACGCAUCAGGGACUAGAGCUACGGGUAGUGGGACUAAAAUGGCGGGUGUUGGGGCUAAGAUGACGGGUAGUGGGACUAAACCGACGGGUAGCCGACUGCCAGGGGGGAGGGGCACGCCAGGGACCAAACCGGCGCACGGGUCGCUGUCCAACGGCGCGGCGGCGGCGGCGGCGGCUCGCGCGGCCGACCCCGAGUCUCAGGAGCAGCGCCGCCGCUGGGAGGAGGGCCGCAUCGACUUCACCGGCGCCGACCGGUUUGACAAUGUGUGGCGCCGCAUUACGGAGAACCUGGAGCGUCCCGAGCAGCCCGCUGCCACCCAGGAGGCCGGCGCGCACGUCAGUCCCGGUCAUUCGGAGCAGCCCCUAGAAGCAACAAGCAGCGAGCUGGUGAGCGGCCUGGCCAAGGUGUCCCUAUCGCCGGCGGAGCCCUCGCCCGAGGACUCGGCGCGCCGCGCCGCCUGGGAGCGAGGCCAGAUGGACUACAUGGGCUCGGACAGCUUCGAGAACAUCAUGAGCAAGAUGAAUCAGACGCUGAAGAAGUAGUGACUCCGGCGGCCAGUGACAAGGGAAGAUGCUGGAGACCGGACUCGUGUGGUUCGCGGCGUGGGCCGUGUGGGGGUACGGCUGUUGUGUCUCGAAUGGAAAGUGGCCCCUCUACCCCUCCUCUGUCCUGUCUGUCUAUAAUCCAUAUUUGGUGACGUGACUGCUCUUUGUUAUACCCUCACUUACUUUUUCCCCACUAUCCUCUUUUCUGUGUGUCUGACUCGCGGUCCUCUCUUAUUUUUCUCGGGUGUUUGUCUCUGUGUGUGUAUGAUGUGUGGUUUUCUGAAACCGGCGAUACCGCCGUCUCUGGCUCGUCCUCUGGGACUUUGCACCGUUCUAGACCUGUACCGGACGCAUUAUGAUCUGAUAUUGGUUCAGGAGACUCAAUAGUCUGAUAUUCGCUCCACUGGGCUCGCGGCUUGGACGCCCUUCUCUGCUCUCGCUCACGCGCGGUGCCGACGUAACGUUGAAGGCCGCCGUCUAACUCUCACCGGAUCGCUCGUGUUUAGAUGCUGUUACGUCGCUCAGUCCCGUCUGUUAGCAGAGGCCCGGGGUCUUAGAACUGCCGCGUGGCGAUGCAUUCGCAUUAAAUACUGAGCAACGCCGCCGAGAGGUUAGGUCAGUCAUGUACGAACGGUGCUGCGAUUUCAUGCCAGUCUCCCCUCCCCGGCGCCUGCGCUAACGUUUUCUCUACGGCUGGCGGGCGUUUCCCGGCUACGCUCCAACUCAGGAGAAGAUUACAGUAUAUGGGCCUGGAUCUGCGCGCUCUUGCCAAUCGGUGCAAUAUAGGGCACUGGGACGAGGGUUAGCACGCCGCUGCGGGCUGAUACGCCCUCGUAUCUGCCCCCUAGCUGGGGUACCCCCCCCCCCCUCCUCCCCCGUGAGAGUGAUAGGGGUGUGUGUUAGAGGCUAAACGACGCGACCCAAGACGCCGGCGGUGGAUUGUUAAUGCUUUUGUACGCUCUAAUUAUGUUUUAUAAAACCUUUCUAUUAACCGAGUGAAAUAUAUUGAAGUAGGCUGA